AAAUCAUUACAUUGCCAAAAUUGCAAAUUACAAAUUCAAUUACUUACCCAAAAUGUCCAGCGACGACGCUAUUUCCACUAAGGAAAUGCAAGCAACAAAGGUUGUGAAACCAGAAGCAGAUCAAGCAAGUGGAAGCCAUGACCCCAAGGAGGACGAAGCAAGUGGAAGCCAUUUCCAACCCUUUGAGGAGACCCAGAAGCUGAGCAUCGUAAUCCAUGGAAAACCAAACACCUUCGGGGUUACGCCGGAGAGGUUGGAGUCGUUGAAGCAGGCAGCUGAUCAACCUGCCAAGCCGCGGAUACAGAGGGUUCCAUUCAUGCUGAGGGAGAAUGAGGAUUUCAAGCAGUACUAUGAACCAAGAGUGGUUGCUAUCGGUCCUAUUCACCAUGGCAAAUCAAAAAUAUUCGAUUAUUCUGAGACGAUUAAGCAUAGACUAGCAGGCAAGUUCAUGGAAGAACAUGGGAUAGAUGUACAUGUUCUUUACGACAAGAUUAUGGCGAAUUUGGAGAAAUUGAAGUUGUGUUAUGCUGAAGAUGUGAUGAAAGAAAAGAACUACAGUGAUGAUGAACUCACAUGGAUGUUUCUUGUAGAUGGAUGCUCAAUGCUGCAUUUCAUAGAUUGUAUUGUGAAGGAUGAUAGCAAGUUAGAGAAACUGAAUAUAAAGAAAGAUCAGAUGGCUUUUGCUCAACAGGAUAUGUUCUUGCUUGAGAAUCAACUUCCCUAUGAACUCCUCGAGCUGUUGAUGAAUUCGGUCGUCCAGAUAACAGAGAAGGAAGCCAUUAAAAGCUCAAUCAGCUCCUUCAUUUGUAAUAACCUCAUGACAAUGAAAACUUCACCAGGAGGAAAAUCUGGAAAGAAUACUCUUGUAACAUCUGGAGAAGAGAAGCCAACCUGCCAUCUUCUGGAGCUUCUGCGAAAGGAACUGAUCAACUUCAAAUCCGACAAGGCUGUUAGAAGUGAUGAAACGCACUCGUUUCGCAACGUGAAGGAGCUGAUCGGUUCAGGAAUCCUGUUGGAGCCAACUGGUAAUACUUCCUUGGCAAUAUCUUUCCAACAAUCUUGCUUUACAGGAACCUUAAAACUUCCAUCUCUCAUAGUAGACGACUCGACAGGACCAAAGUUCUUGAACUUAAUAGCGUACGAAACGUGUCCAGAUUUUAUGAAUGAUUUUCAGGUUACCUCGUACAUAUGUUUCUUGGACUCGCUCAUUGAUCAUCCUGAAGAUGUCCAGGAGCUCAGAAAGGCGAAAAUUCUGACAAAUGUUCUUGGCAGUGAUAAGGAAGUAGCUGAACUCUUCAACAAGAUAGGCAAAGACUUGGUUCCAAAUCCUGAUUUAUAUGUGAAAGUGAAAGAUGAUAUGGAGAAACACUACAAGAGCACAUGGAAAUCCUACACAGCUGAGGCUUAUAACACAUAUUUCACAAGUCCCUGGAGUUUUCUUGCUUUAAUUGGUGCUUUGCUUGCACUUUUCUUCAGUGCUGUUCAAGCUUAUUUCUCUCUACCUUCUGAAAAAUGAUAGCAACGGCUGCUUCUUUGGACUCUGGCAAUUCUCAUUAUUGCCUGGAUAACAACAUUUUCCUUUUUCUCUUUUGAUCUUUGGCUUGGAAGAAUAAUAAAUCAGGGCAAUGUUUGUGGGGAUUGAUUAGCUCAUUUCGGCAGAUCUGUUUUAUAUUUGGUAUCAUAGAUUUGAGGAUUCUCAUGGUUUUUGUGGUCUCCUCCUAUAUGGUAUAUGGAAUGUCUUCUCCUGAUGUACUGUUGUAUUUGUUUCCAAAAGAAAAACAGCAUGUUAAUUUUUAAUUAUAAUAAAAUGGGGUAAUAUUCUUUUUUUUUUCACU